AUGGAAGCCUCCAGCAUAGACGACCAUCACCACCCUCCCGCCGGCCACGACGAGGCAACCCGCCAGUUCUUCUCCCACUCCAGCGCAAGACGCAUCAACACCGACGCCGUCAUCGCAAAGGCCCUGCGCAGCCAGCAUCCCAACCUCUCCCUCUCCAUCGCCCCGGCAGGAUCAUGCAACCUGCUCGCCUACGCGGCCAGCGGCCACGCCCAGAUGACGCCCGUGAGCGAUGACAACGACGAGCAUGAGCGUGAGCAUCAUCACGACGACGGCGGCCCUCACCGUGUCCCGUCCUCGCUGUCGUGGAAGGUCUACGUGCCGCCCGCCCGCCGCAUGGACGGCGACCUGGGCGCCCUCGCAAAGGAGGUCCUCUUUGAAAAGUACCUCCUCACGUGGAAGCAGAAGCAGGGCAAGGACAAGGACGACAACGAGAACGAGGAGCAGCAGCAGGCCGACUUCAUCGUCUACCUCGUCAACGGCCGCGACGGCGCCAGCUCGUACCCGCAGGUGACAAACUACUUCAUCCUCGCCGCGCACGAGCGCCUCGCCUCGCAGCUGAUCCUCGCCGCCGGGCGCUGGACCGGCGAGCUGCACGACGAGAUCUGGGUCUUUGACGGCGGCCGCUGGGCCAAGAACGCGGAGCUGUACCGCAGCGCCAUGAAGGCGUCGUGGGACAGCGUCAUCCUGGACGAGGAGAUGAAGGCGGCGCUGAUCGAGGACCACUUGUCCUUUUUCCGGUCGAGGGCCACCUAUGAGCGGCUCAAGGUGCCGUGGAAACGAGGCAUCAUCUACUAUGGCCCGCCGGGGAACGGCAAGACCAUUUCGAUCAAGGCGACGAUGAAUAUGCUCUAUCAUCUCAAGCAGCGGGUGACGACGCUGUAUGUGAGGUCUCUGAAGUCGUUUCUAGGACCAGAGAAGAGCAUUUCUCUCGUCUUUGAAAAGGCGAGAGAAUUCGCCCCCUGCUAUCUCGUCUUUGAAGACCUCGACACCAUCAUCACCGACGACGUCCGAAGCUAUUUCCUCAACGAGGUAGACGGCCUCAAGAGCAACGACGGCAUCUUUAUGAUUGGCAGCACCAACCACCUCGACCGCUUGGAUCCAGGCAUUUCCAAACGCCCCUCUCGCUUCGACAGGAAAUACCUCUUCCCAGACCCCGACCUCGCCCAGCGCGUCGCCUACGCCCGCUUCUGGCAGACGAAGCUCGCCGACAACAAAGCCAUCAGCUUCCCCGACAAGCUGUGCGCCGCCGUUGCGGACAUUACGGAUGGCUUCAGCUUCGCGUACAUGCAGGAGGCCUUUGUCGCGGCGCUGCUUGCUAUUGCGCGCAAGGAGCAGCCUGGCGACGACGACGACGACGACGACGACGACGACGAUGGAGAGGGUGAUGAUGAGGCGGAGGAGGCCAGCAUGGUCCAGACGGUGGAUUUGGCAGAGGACGACUGGUUGGAUGACUUGCCGCUUUGGGUGGAGAUGAAAAAGCAGGUUGCUAUUUUGCGGGAGGGCAUGGGGGACAAGACGGCGUGA